AUGAAGACUCCUGAUGUGGGAACAUCCCAUGGGGAAAAUGACAUUUUCGGCGAAUGCCUUGCCGGGAUCGAGAAGGGCCCCGACCUUGAUGCCUCGUUCAUCCUUGAAGAGGCAGAGAAGCUUCAAAAGCGGUCUGCGAUGCUCUUCCAUCAAGCUUUUUCCAAGUGUCGAGUUGAGCUUGCCCGAUGUGAAGACGAGCUCAAGAACCUUAUGUCAGAGAUAGACGGACUCAAGGAUCUCUAUGCCAAAAGAGAGGGUGAACUGAAUGAUCUUCGAGCAAGUUCGACGAAAGCUUCCCAAGAGCGGUCCGAGCUCAUUGAAAAGGAGAAGGCCGACCUGGUGGAGCAACUUCAGGAGGAGCUUAAGACCAAAGAGGCUGUAACCCUUGGGUGGAAGCAAAGUAUGGAUCGCUUGGCCUCCGAAAAAGACAGUCUUCAGGAACAGCUAGCCUCGACCGAAAGCCAGCUUCGGAGUGCAAAGGAGGAGGGUCAUAAAUUUAUGGAACUUCAUACUGAGAUGGCCGCUGAGUUGUCUAAUGUUAAGUCCGAAGCCGAUGCGUUCAUGUCUUCAUAUCGAACCGAUGCUGCAGCUGCCAAUGCUCGGGUUAGAGAGAUAUUAGCUACAACUGAGCUUAAGUUAUCCUGCACCGUCAAUAAUGCUCGGCUGGAAUCUCGAAAGAAAACUCUCGAGGAAGUGCAUGCCAAAGGCUUUGACCUCUCUACAGAAAUUGAGAAGGUGAAGGCUUUGGAAAAAGAGGCAGCUGCAUUGCUCUCUACUGAUGAAGAUUCUGUCAGCGACUCCGAGAGUGGGGAGGACGAAGACGAAGUCCCCGAGGAGGAAGAGGCCCCCGAAUAUCAGGUUGCCGAAGGUCAGACCACUGAAGUUGUAGUUCCGAUGGAUGUUGCCUCCGAGCGAGUGACCCCGAUAAUAGACUAG